AUGACGGCUGCGGCUGUCACGACUGCUGGGCCGCCCCGCUCCCCUCACCCUCGGAGUCCCUCAGCGCUCGCCGACGAAUGUGCUGAGCCGGGGCUGAGAGGCAGAAUGGAAGGUUUCGUUCGGCUGCUCUUCGGUUACUUGGUGGCGGACUUGCUUACGCUGGUUUGUCGGGCUCAGGAGAAAGCCGGCCAGCAGCUGGGGAGCUUCGUGGUGCUCUCGGGAGGAAACCGCUCCAGCCUUGGGGAACAGCUCGACCCCUCCGAGCCGCCUCCCACCCCGGACUUCUGCAGGGGCUACUUCGAUGUAAUGGGGCAGUGGGACCCUCCCUUUAACUGCAGCUCGGGGGAGUUCAUCUUCUGCUGCGGCACUUGUGGCUUCAGAUUUUGCUGCAAGUUCAAGAAGACGAGGCUGGAUCAAAGCACCUGCACGAACUACGAGACGCCGCUGUGGAUGAACACUGGGAAGCCUCCUUCCCGCAUAGAUGACCCUCUGCACGACCCCACCAGGGAUAAAACCAACCUCAUCGUCUACAUUAUCUGUGGGGUUGUGGCAGUCAUGGUGCUGGUGGGAAUCUUCACCAAACUAGGGCUGGAAAAGGCGCACAGACCUCAGCGGGAGCACAUGUCCAGGGCUCUUGCUGAUGUGAUGCGACCACAAGGUCCUUGUACAACAGAUCACAUGGAAAGAGAUCUCAACAUUGUAGUACACGUGCAACAUUAUGAAAACAUGGAGACAAGACCUCCUCCAAAUAAUUUACGUAAGUUGCAUUAUAACUACAUUAAUAUCUGGAAUGCUUGCACUAAAAUGAUUAUUAUGAAGUGAAAUUGGUGGAUGUCAAAUGUGAAUAUGCAGUACACAGGUUCUGGCAAAUUAGAAAUAGUUUAUCUCAGAAUUAGAAAUACCUAGAUUUCCUGGUGCAAAAAGUGCAAGAUUUAACAAGAUGUAUCAUAGAUCUGAAACACCCAAAAAGAAAGUGGGGUAUCACCUAGUGGUCAUCUCGUUAUCAUUGCCACUAGUAAAAUAGUUAAAUACAUUCCUGAAGAGCAUAUAGUUGCAUGUAGUUUUCAACUUCCUCAUUUUUUCCCUCUAAUGGAAAUUUGUGAGGAAAACUAUUAAGUUUUAAAUAAUACUUUUGUAUUUGCUAUUAUUUAUUUGUUGAAGAUAAAGUAAAACUACACCUUGGAGCUCCAGAGGAAAUACGGUGACAUUUCAAGGGCUUCUGGAAUCCUAAGCACUUUCUUUCUGAGAAUUCUAUUGUACAGAUGCAGAUCUUUGUCGUGCUUUGAAGUGUUCCAUUAUGAACAGUUUGACUAUAAUUUUAAUUUGCAUAUGUUUAUGUAUAUCGUAUCCUUCUAUAUUUUAUAUACAUACAGAUACACUGAAGUUACAGAUUACACGUUUACAAUUUCAAGUUCAGCUAAAGAGGAUCAUUCAGGAAGGAAUGGGUCAUUAGACAGCAAAUGGCUUUAUUCUGUGCUGUAGAGCAGUGUAGUGGAGCAUUCUGUUGCAUGUAUACUUUUUCCUGCACUGGUAUUUGGGUUCUGAAGCAUUUAAACUAUAGUCUUACAUUUUUCCUUAUCUUUCUAUAAAUGGAGAAAGCAGAAAAUUUGCUUAUAUUUGGACAAAGAAUUAGUUUUGUUCAGAGCAGACAGUGCUGCUAUUGUCAGAUUUUAUUGCUCCCUUCUUUUUGGGUGAACAUCGUAAGAACAGGGAGAGAAAGAGAAGAUUCAUGUGCUAGGUGCACUCCUGGUAUUUGUUUUGUGGUAAAGGCUGAUGGUAAUUUCUUAUGCACAUGGUUACAGGACAGCAGGAGAGAAUUAAAGCUGUGACCUCUAACAAGGAUUCCAUAUAUAGUGAAGUCUGACAUCUAAUCUGUCUGCACUACUCAGCAGCAAAGUACUUCCUGGGCAUGUGCAGCUCUACACUCCUGAAGGGGAAAUACAUGCAUACCACAGCAUUACACCUCUUAAUUGCAUAAAAGCACAGUUUCUUAUGAGGAACUUACGCUUCUCUCCCCAUCAGAGGUGCUCUAACUGCUUUUUGCUCCUGUGGUUUGAGGAGGAUAUGCUCUCUUCCUCUCUCUUUGCUCUGUGUAUUGGUUCUUUGCCAAUCUCUUCUGAUCCUUCCUGUGACUGUGCUUUCAAGCAGGAAGAUGCCAAAUGCUAAUGAAGUCAGGUUACAACCCUUUGUUUUCUGUCAUAUAUGAAAUGUAUGUUCAGAAUCUCAGUUAAUGAAGAGAGCCAGAAAGUAAAUAGAUUCCUACUGUAUUGAUUGCAUCUGAAACUUCAUAAUCUUCAUACUGAGGUUUUGCUUAAAACUUUCUAUACUGCAAUAUAUGACGUACUACAGCGAGUCUUAAAAAAUCUUUAAAUUACUUACAUUUUUAAUUAAGAUUUAAGCCUUUGUUCUAUAAACUCUUGAACAUGUGUCGUUCCACUAAGAUGGAUGUAAUUACAACACCAAAGAAGCAAAGAAGAUAAGUGUAAUGGUACCAUAGGACCUUGACUUAUGGCACCAGUCAUCCAUACCAUAUCGAUCUCAGAAUGCAUCCCUGUAACACACGUUUCAUAUGAAGCUCUUGCUUCACUGCAGUUUACCACUUAGAAUCCCUACUGGUAUGUUGGAGCCAUCUUAACACUCCUAGGUGAUGAAAAGGAGCCAGUCUUAGGACUGCUUCAGGUGCCGUUCAGGCAUUCCUGCUAUGAAUGGAAACCUUGGAGAAAAAAAAAAAAGCAGCAAAGAUGGUAGCUGUUUCAGUCUUUAGUCAAAUUUAUGGAUUAAGUCAGUCAAUUUUUUUGCAUUCUUUAAUAUUGCAUACAUUUGCUUUGUAGCUUUGGUUUUUUUUGCCACUAUAUUGCCCGAUAAAUUCAUCAAAAACAUGACUUAAAGACCUUGUUGAAUUGGUCUGUACAUCAAAUGUGAUUAAAGUGUGUUGAGUGCACGUGCAUCACAGAGCUGGAAAAGGCUUUAGAAAGAAGAAUUAUUUAGAAAAAUUUCCUAAGCCCAGCAUCUUAGCAAUAUGAAAUUUUACUGAGUUCUGAGACACUGUAAGAAUGCAGAUAUUACUUAGAGAAACUUUCUCAGUUCAGCAUUACCUACUUCUAGUGCUGGAAGAGUGACUUCUUGGGGUAUUUUUAGAAGUAAAUUAGCAAAGCUCAAGUACAGCUUUCACUGAACUUCUAUUCCAGAUCUUUACUUACACAGAGAAAAUGAAGUACUACAAACUUACAGCAUCAGAUACUUUGAUAUAUUUUAAGUUCUCUUUGCUAAGUUACCACUUUCUACCUACUAGCUAUCUCCAAAUGAAACAUAAAAGUUUGAUACUAACGUACUUUUCACAUUGGCCUGUAGAUAUGAAGAGGGCAGGAGUAAUCUCUUAGGCAGUAUGUACCAUUUCCAUAUUGCAUCUUUCACAAUAUUGAAGACAAAUGCUGAAGGCCCAACAUUAUUAAAGUGUUCUAAUUUGAAAGUUCAUUUUCUCUACUGCCCUCCUGAAAAAACAUCUUGCUGGUGCUGCCAGCCCACUCUGGAGAUGUCUCUUCACCCCCUGCAAAGGGAUGCUAUGUCAAAAUGACAAACUUUGCUUGAUCUCUGACACUGAAAAUGAGUGCGUUUUUGUCUUUGGACUGUUUGUCACCAGAGAACAAAAGUUUAUAAGCACAGCUAUUUGCCAAAAGCAAUAGUGCAAUGGAAGGCUGAAGUAGAAUUUAUUUUCAGCACCUUGCAGUCUAAGCAAGUACAGUUUGAGUUUCCUGUCCUUUUUUUUUCCUGGAACUCAGAAAAGCCAUACUGGGCAUCCUGGAAAAACAGACUUUCUUUUCUGUGCCCAGGUAAAUCCAGACAACCUCAACAUUUACUAGUGAAGGCUGUUUUAUCCUUAGUGGUUGUUAGUUGCCAGAAUUUUCUCUGGAAAAUGUACUUUAUUUAAGAUUACUUUUCCUUUUUUUUUUUUUAAACACCAUUUGAACACCUUAGAAUGGAACAGUGCUUUGUAAACAAGCAGCAGUUAUCUACCUAGAAUUACCACAUAUUAAAACAAUUAAAAAAAAAGUAUGUGAGUUAUAUUAAAAACAAAACCAAAAGCAAAUAUUUCUACAGAAUUUGAAAUCGGUUUUGUUCAUCUCUAUUUAACUUUCACAAAUCUUAACAGAGCAACAGCAUUCAAGAUUGUUUUUUCCUACUUACUGUGUUAUAAGUCAGCAAUUUAUUAAACUUGGGAUUAUAACACCAGUGCAUCAGGAUUUAGGAGCCUUUCUAGCUACAUGCUUAUUUCUGGAAGAUGAUUGCUGGUACUAUUUCUGAUUCAUAUUUUAUGAUGGCAGAAAGAAAGACUUAUGUUAGAGCUGUCCACGAUCACUUUUCCUAAUGAUCAGUAAAAGCUCACUUACUGCCACCUUGCACUAAGAUAUUUAAAGCAUUCAUGCAGAAUCCAGAGAUUGAGCUGACUUUAAAGGGAAGUCAGUUCGAGACUAAGGUGGAAUUUUCAAGGUGAAAUGCUAGCUUUUAGUCAGCCUGACAUAUAUGUGUUAAAUUCAAAAUGAAGAAAUAACCCAAAAUGUUGCUCUAUAUCAAAAUAGCCCAUUUUAAUACAAGCCAAGGAUGUGCAGCACACAUGAUUAAAACAACUUUUCCUCGUCUGAAAUAUAUGCAAGGGAAUACUGUGUCUGCUGCUGUAUUUGGUUGUCAGUUGUUCUGGAUGCUUGCUCAUUGCAAAUGCUAAUGCUGAAAACAAAGCUAAGAUGUUUCUAUAACUGAUGCCUGAUGAUAAGGUAAUUUUAUUCCAUUUUUUAUUUCUUUGUUUGCACUGGACAGUUAGAAUAUAAAGAGGAGAGUAUUUUCCAAAGCUCUCACAUAUUGGAAUAAACAUUUUGUAUUGUGUGUUCCUGUAUCUCCCAUGGCUAUAAUAUGAAGCUCAGCCCCUGUUUUCCUGUGGAACAGUCACUGAUUUGACACUGUGAAAAAGCAGUCAGAACUUGCAAGAGUAUUUUUUGCAGUCUUUUUCAUCCUUUGAAAAAUAUACUUUUCUUGUUGUUUAAUGCAGAGCUCUUCAGCAAACUAAUUAACAUAAAAAUUUAAACAUAAUCUGAUAUAGACAAGUUUAUGGUUCACUACUGCAUUGUCUAGGCAUAAUUCCUGCUUUUGCUUCCUGGAAAUAAGCAUCCAGGCUUACUGAGAAACUGGUGAACUGCUACCUUUGAAAUGCAAAGCUUUUGGAGUACAUAAAACACAAACUAAUUUACUUACUUGCCUAGUUAUGAAGAAGUAGACAAUGUGCAGGUAUUACAUAAUAACAGACUUCUGUUGAUAGGGGCUUCAAAACAGCAUUAAAAACAUUGGAACAAUGAACGGAUGCAAAACGCAAAGGACUGAGCAAAUAACUUCAUGCUUUGCCUCACUGCUAUCUACUGUAAUCACUGCUUGAUUACAGUAAAAUGCUUUUUUAGACCUGAUUAUAUACACAGGUCCAGCCCAAAGGAACUGGACUAAUUCUACAUAAGUGUUAAUUGACUGUUACUUCCUCACUCAGAAGGACAAAGUACAGGUAGAAAAGCUGACCUCUAGAGACAAGGCUCCAGCCAUGCCUUAUGAGCAAAGAGAUGGAGAACAGAGUUUCCAGCCAAGAAAAAGCACUGUGACCAAAAGAGAAGUGAAGAAGUACUGCUGAUGGAGCGUUCUGAGACAGUAAAGAAUGAAGGAGAAUAAAAUGGCCAUUAAUUGGAUAACG